UUUAUCCGAUAUCUAUAAAAAUAGCAAGUGCAAUUCCUAAAUAGAAGGAUCUCACAUAGCUCCCAACCAAACAAAAAAAUUUUCUAAAAAUGAAACUCCAUUUCCAAUUCUAUUGACAACAAAUCACAGAUUUUUGCUGGACUUCUUUUCUGGGUAAAACUGCCCUCUCUUGUCAUCUUCUUCUGUGCACAUUUCAGUUGCUGUCUCAAAAUCAUGUUAUAACCCACAAUUUUUUUUUUCCCCUCUUGUUCUGGCCAUUUUUAAAAUUUGAUUCUCAGCCACUUUUUAACAAGAAUGCUUGAAAAAUUAAAUGCCAAUAUGUGAAGAAAUUUAAAUAUUUUCUUGUUCUUUAUAGAUUGUUGCAGACAAAUUUAAAAUUAAAAAUGGGUGUUGAGGUAAAGAACAUUCAAGCUUUUAUAUGGAGAGUUCUUAAACUUUCUAUAAACAUUUGCAUUAUAUUUGUACAAAAGCAUCCAUUUGUUUCAAGUUUAUUUCUGUUCUUGUUUUCUCUGUAUUUUUUUCUUCCUAAAAUUUUCAUUUUCUUUAUUUACUCUUCUCCAUUGAUUGCCUGCACUGCUCUUUUUAUCCGAUUUCAACGUUCAAAAAUCCAAAAUGAUCUCAAGAAGGAUCGUGCAAUGUCAUCUGUUAUAUCUGAACCUAAAGCUUCUGAUCUUAUAGUCAAUAAAGAUGAUAAAUCUUGUAUGCGUAGAAAUGUUAAGGAACAGAAGAAAGAAUUGGAAGCAACAGAAACAAUUAUGCAAGAAAAGAAAAUUGUUUCUUCAACAACAAAUCCUAAUGAAGGAAUCAAAGAGGAGAAAAAGGCUUCUUCUUCCUGUAGUGUUUCGCGAAAUGUGUCAAUUGGUGAAAAUAUUGCAGAAUUUAAUAAAGGGUCAAAUUCUGAUUUUAUUUCCUUAAAUGGGUUAGAAGAGCAAGCAGCAAAAUUUGAUGGUGGUGUUGGUGGUGAGACGGAGUUGGAAAACUCAGUAAGUUCCGACGAUGAAGAAGGAGAGACAAAAGAAGCUGGAAAUAAAGCUGUGGAAUGGAAUGAAGAUGAUCAAAAGAAUUUAAUGGAUCUGGGAAUUUCUGAAUUAGAAAGAAACAAAAGAUUGGAAAGUUUAAUUGCAAGAAGAAAAGUAAGAAAGUUAUUCAAAAUGCAAACUGAAAAGAUACUAAUUAGUUCAGAUUUUUAUGCUUCAAUUCCAGUUGCUCCUGUUUUUGUCUCAAGAGGAAACCCUUUUGAUGUUCCUGAUAAUCCUGAUGAGCAAGGUCCUGGUUCAGCACCUUCUGUUUUGUUACCCACUCGAAACCCAUUUGACCUUCCAUAUGAUCAAUUUGAAGAAAAGCCCGAUCUCUCAGCAGAUAGUUUCCAACAAGAAUUCAUGGCACCUCUUCAAAAGGAUUUGAUCUUCUGCAGGCAUGAGAGCUUUAGUUUAGGACCUUCUUUUCCGCUGGAUCCCACUAAUUUUACAGCAAACAACAGAUUUAGAAGGCAGCAGCAGCCAGGUAAAGGAGGAAAGGACUUGCUAGUGGAUAAUUUACUCUCUGAAAAAGGCUCUCAAGGCGGAGAAGAAGGUACUUUGCAACGUAAUUUAAGUGUCACUGAUCUUGUGGCAGAAGGUGAAUCUUCAAGCAAAGGUACAACUACAAACCAACCUGAAGAGAAAGAUGGAGAAGCUGAAACUAGUAGAAUAGAAAUGAAAGAUGAAAAUAUAGAUAAUGCUAAAGAAGUGACUGUAAGUUUAGGGAUAGAAAGCAAUACUGAACUGGGUACAAAUGAAAAAAAUGAAUCAGGCUCAUCUUCUGAUAGCGAUCAGGUCAUAAGACCAAGAAAACCUGAAUCUUUAACAAUCCCACCUCCUGUAUUAUUUAGAUUUCCUGAAGUGUUGAUCCACACUCCUUCACCCAAUUCGACUCCUUGUCCGAUUCCUAAAGCAAGAAGUACACAUGAACAAAACUCUUAUGCUGCUAGCCCUGCUACAAUUGACAGGUCACGAAUAGAGAAUCAUUUACUUUACACUAACAAUGGACCUUGGCAUACUCCUACUAAUUCCAUAGCUUCCGAUAUGCAAGUUGAGGUAUCAGAAAUUGGUUCACCUCCAGUUACAGGAGAUGGAUCAGCUUCAUCUAAUGAUGGAGGGUCUUUGACUUACGACGGGGAUGUAGAGAAGGAAAUUACUUCUGGAAGUGAUGAAAUGUGGGGUAACUCACCUUAUGCACCAAAAGUAAAUGAGGAUAUUAAAAUUGCAUCAACUUCAAGAACUGCAUUAGCUCAGGAGGGUCAAAAUCAUACAAUUGUUUCUGAUAAUAAGAUCUCCAAUCCUGUAGAAAAUGAAGGUCAAGAAACUCUACCAGAAAAUUUGAUGGAAAGAACUAACAAACCUCAUGAAGGAGAUUUGCAGCAGCCAAAGGAACCAAAAUCUGAAGAGGAAGUGAGCAUGAGUUAUAAUGGGGAUGUUGCUGUAAAUGAAAUUGAUGAACUGGGAAGCGCGAAAUCAGUCGAAGAAAAAUCAGAAUCUAGCCAGAAUACUGAAAGGAAGUCAUUGAAUAUUCUUGAUCAGUCAGUAGAGGAAGCUAACAUUCAUGAUGACCCAGUAGUUAAGCUAGAUGAAAACAGGAAAGCAAUUGAAGACAUAGAUGCUAGAAUUGAAAAAUAUAUUGAACAAGAAGUCUUAGUAGACCUGUCGAAACGAGCUGAGGAAAGUACUUCAGAAUAUAAGAACAGUGAAGAAGGGAAAGAAAACUCAAGAGAAGUUGAAGUUUCUACAUCAGGAACACAACUGGAAUUGACAGUUGAAGAACAAGUUUUUACUAAUUCAAGUUCUCCUUCAUCUCCUACGUCUAUUUUACCAGCCAGGAAUCCUUUAGAAAAAACAUUUUCAGAUCUCAGUGGAAUAUUAGAAGCAACAGAAUUUGAUAUGGAGGAGACAAUAGUGAGAAAUAAAUUGUUGGAUGGAGUGAGAAAUAAGUUGUUGGAUGAACAAGAACUAGAAAAUCUACCUCCACUCCCACCUCGUCAAAAUGCACAGCACUUAACAGAUCAACCAUCUAUUAGUAGCAAGUCUGAAAAAUCUGAGGAAACUUCAAAUAAAACAGAAGAAAUAUUCAUUAGAAAUGAACCCAUGCAGCUUAAUGAUGGAGAACCCAAAAUGGAGGAUCUAAAAUCUGCAAAAACCAUAAAUGGUGAAUUGCAGACAUCAAUCAAUAAUGAAGAGAAAUCUACAUCCAUUAACAAUGCAGUAGCCGAUGAAAUGACCAUUAAAGAGAACUUUGAGCUUGUUAUAGAUGGUGAAAGUGAGUCUCAAAGAUUAGACAAAAAUACAGAUACUAAUGAACAAACUUCAAGAUCCAUCGAAGAUACUGAGGCAGAAUCAAGAAACUUGCAGGUAGAAGAAGAAAGUAAAAGUUCAAAUAACAUAGCAGAUCACACAAUCAUUGAUGAUGAGAUUAAGGCUCCCAUAUCAGAAGCAAGUGACGGAAAAACUGAGGCGCAAUGAGAAGCAAUGGAAAGCAUUUUUGGAUUUUCAUUUUUUUUAAGAACAAAAAGAAAAGGCAGAUGCGUCAAGCUGACUGAAGAGAAAGUUAAAAAUCAAAUUUUUUCUUAACAUGCCAAAUUAAUAGAGCUUUGUAUAUUUACUUAGAAAUAAAAAGUUCUUAUAGGUUUUAGUGAGUUUUACCAUCACUAAAAUUGAAACUUUGAUAAACUAUUUGUCUCAUUGUUUCUAUAUAUGGGU